UUCACAGUGCCAAAUGUUAGGUUUAUUAAAUAUUGUUAGAUGGUGUAAAUACUAGAAGAUGCCUUUUGUCCAGAGAAGGGUUGAACCAGUUAAGCUGCGAAGGCAUGAAGCUGCUCAUUCGGAUAAAGUAUUCAGUGAACUGGAAGAUGUAUCGAACAACGCACUCGUUAAUGCCCUCCGGCAACUCUCAUCCCUUACAACGCACGCAGAAGAUGUGUUUGGGGGAAUACAAACAGAAUUCAGUGCAAUCUACAGGAGGUGCAUUAGAGUUAACAUGAGAUUAAACCAGCUGGAUGAUAUUGUGUCGAACCUCAACCCAAAAGAAGUUCAAAUACCCGUAUCGAACUUGGAAUAUGAGCAGAAGGUUCCUGUUUAUCUUCACUACCAUUCAGCCGACUCCGUGGACGAGGAUUUGUUCAUGACUGACACACGAACACCAUGUUUGAUCCAUCUUCAUCAACUCGCUAAAAAUGAUUGGAACGGCAUGUUGCGUGGUUCACAAGCUUAUUCAAAACCUUCCCGCCCAAAAUCGUUCGAUCCAAAGGUAUUGUUACACGAGCCUACGUCACAACAAAAGUCAUUCUCUUCUGCAAAAUCCACGACCAACAUUAUUGCGUCACCGGAGCUACGUGAUCUAUACAACCCAACUUCGCUGAAUGAUUCCCAACUUCCAACUCCAAGGCAGAAGAUGGAAAAGGAGAUUUCUCAACAUAGGAUUGAGACUGUCACGAUAGAUACAUCAGGCUCGCAGUUUGAGAGACGAGCCAACCUCCGAAGAUCACAGAAGUCCUCCUUCAGCUCCGUGAGGAGGAAGAGUCAAGCUCGCUUCCGGGAGCGUCAUCGAACGCUAACGUCACUUCCUGGGACUAUCCAACACGAAUUAAGUGUUGAGAACAAUCGCCACCGACCGAGCAGCUUACACUCAGACUCCAUUUCAUCUUUUAUGGGAGAGGAGUCUCUUGGUAGCGACUCUUCGUCGCCACCACGCGGUGAUACACGUAAUGCCGAAAUACAAACAGAACACGUGAAAGUGUUGCCAGCAUCACCGAUAAAACGCCGCAUGAAGAACAGACACUCGACUCCACCAAUAAUGAACGGAGAUCAUAUUCGACGAGGUGCUUACGUCACACUACAUCACGAUGGUGACUUCAUAAAGACUACAACGGAAAGUCGCGAUUAUGAGAAGCCGAAAGUUCCACCUUCUGUAACCAUGCAUGAAAAGACAAACGGUCACGUGAUGCCAAUGCGCAUGGACCAUGACGACAAAGCUUUCAUGCGCGAAAAGAAUAAUAUGGGCGAGGACAGAAUAUCUUCUGGAUUUUGGAGUGGUACGGAAAGUGCACGUCACUCAACUACGUCAGAGAUAUUACUGCCACAUCAUAACAUUACCCAACCACAACAACAUCCACCCAAUAAAAGCACACGUCACAGUAAUGGUUAUGACGUCCCGGAUUCUCGGAUGUUGGGAAAUUCCCUUGAGCUUUCUGAAUCGAAUUCUUCACUUAACAGCAGACUGAGCACUUUGGAACAUUCGCCAAUGUCGUCAAUUCUUUCGCUUAGUAGCCCUCCUACUGCUGAAAGAACUUCCACGCCCGAUUCCUCGAUCAUAAUAAGUCGUUCAGAAGUUGGUUCGCCGUGCAAACUGACGUUCUCUACUCCCUCCGGAGCUUACAACUUCAUGAACAACGAUUACGUGCCCAGAAAAAGUCAUCUCGCCAAAACAGCGCCCAAUUCGCCAAUGGACUUGCUUAUUCUCGGCAACAGGCGGGGAAAUGACGGCCAUAUUAAAGACGACGCUCGGAGCCUUAAUAGUUCAAUAUAUUCGCAAGAUCAGGACGGUUAUUUCACAUCUAUGCACAGAGAUAGCGGUUUAACUAAAGCAGAAUUAGUAGCGGAACCUUACAACGUAUUCACACCACACAGCCCUGUGUUCAGCACAGAUCUCCGCAGUGCCGAGGUGUUCUCAGCCACGCCCAUGUCUCCGCCCCAGCAGCAACCAAAACAUUUCUUCGGAUCAGAUUUCAUCGCAAACGACGAGCGGUUACGUCACAAGCAAAUGCUUAGACAGCAGGCAAGCGAUUCGACGUCAAAGGACGAAAAGAAGACGCCGAAACCUUCUCCACCGCGUAGAUGUUCAAGUUUAAAACGACACGAAGCGGCCAAAGAGAUCCUUGCUUACAUGGAACCCUUGUCAGAUUACGAGAAGACUUCUCUAGAAUCAAAGAAUUCGCAGCGAACAUCAGAUUCAGACGAUUCUCACAAUGUUAACAUUCAACCUGUUGCAUCAACUCGCAACACGCCAAGCAGGAAGGAAUCAGAGUCAUGCUCCAGUACGUCAUCUGCUUCCCCAAGAACCCAGUCACUUUCAAGUCCCUCGCCUUCAAAUCUUCAAUCUCCCAUCAAAGUCUCCACACCUCCAGCCAAUAUAAAGGAUGUAACGCCACCAGAAACCAAUACAAGGGAGUCUGCCUCUAAUAACAUUAAACCUAAAAUAACACCACAAAUCGUUGUGAAUUCCCAACCAUCUGUCAUGAUUAUAAAACCAAAAGUGGCCACCAAGCCAGUAAGGCCUUCACCCAUCAUUCACCAACUGAACGAACUAACUUCACCUAAGAUGUCGGAAGAACCAGUCUCUCCAAGACGUUUUUCACCAACUAAAAAAUCACCACUUCCUAGAAACGAACCAGUUUCCCCAUUCGGGUUGGGUCGUCAGCGUUUAUCGUUAAGAGAACCAACUAAAACACCAGUAACUUCCCCAACACGUUCAAAAUCAAUGAAAAGUCCACAACCUUCGCCAGUAAAGCAGGAUAGCAUACCAACAAUUGACAUUACAAAUGCCGAAGAUAACCCGCCUUCUCCAACUAAAAGCCCGGCGUCUCCAACAAAGCAGGAGCUUACAAAACCUGUUGUUUUCCCGAAGCCGAAAACACCAACCAAGCCACCAACUCUUCCCAAACCUACCAUCAUAAAGCAACCAGUAAACCAAGCAUCGAAACCACUUCAGCAACUUCAAUCUAAUAAACCGGCGGUGCGACCAAAACCUGCCAUACUCCCAAGGCCCAGUUUAACCGAGAAAGAGAACACACAUGCGAAGCAACACCAAACUGAGACAAGCAAACAACCUCGACUGUCCAGUCGUACCGCAGACGCAAGAGCCGCAUUCUUUGGCACGACUACCAUGGGAAAUUCGGGCGCUACUUCCCCGAGAAGACCGACACCCGAACCCCGCGAAAUUUCGUCUCCAAAGCUGAUGUCGCCAAGAGUAGAAUUAAAAGAGGAUGAACUAUCAGUAAAAUCAGCAGAAAACAGUAAAGCAAAAGAUAUUGCAGUUGCUAGUCCCAAACCAUUGGAUAUUAAAUCAACGCCACAAACGGAAGAGGUCAAAAGCAAAGUUGAAGUUGUAGAAAUAUUAACGAAAUCUACAAUAGAAAACUGUGACCCUACAAAACCGGUAGAAAAACUCAAAGUUACAAAAACAAAGCUUGAGUCGUCACCUGUACAAUUUACUGAAACAACAACAAUAACAGAAACAACAGAAGUUGCAACAAAUGAAGCGAAAACAGAAACAGUUAUACAAGCGCCACCGAAAAACAAGGACGAAUCAAAAGAAGAGCUAGAAUUGAAUGACGUCGUCACUCCACCACCGGAAACAAUCUGUGAUGACGUCAUUAGUUCUACAAACGGGGAAGUACCAGAAGACCAAGACAGCAUCACUGCUGAUAGCAUUGAAACCAAACCGACGAAAAAUAAAGAUUUUCUCGCUUCAAUGCAGAGAUUACGCGGUUCUCUUCGAUCGUCGUCACCUGAUCACGUGAUCAAAUCUCCAACAUUAAGUCCUGUGUCAACUCUCGAAAGAAGGAAUAAUGGAAGACAUUUUUCGAGCCUUGAUCGACGGCGACGAACCUCCUCUGGUGCGACAUCUAGGGACGACUUCAAAGCCCUGCUGCUUCAAAGUUUUUCAAAAUCAGGCACAGGUACACAAAUGACGGCAACUGAGAAAUUACAAUUGACCAAUCAGCAGCAUGCACGUGUCAACGGCUCAGCCAAUGAGAGUGAGGAAGUUCCAGAUGGGCCUGACACCCCACGUCCCCGCAUUGUAUCAGUCGGUGACUUAAGAGCCGCCAUGUCAUCUGGAAGAUCAGGACGACGAACGAACCGUCAUACCGAACAUAGGAAGUCGUAUGCUGGCACCACGCAUGGCAUGAAACAUCCCCCUAUUUCACAUCGGGGAAGAUUCUCCACUCGAAGUCGAACCCCUACCCGUCCCAUGAUGUCAAUCUCUGAAGACGCCGAGGAACGUUCACUAGAGCAGACAAGCUCUCCUUCCGUCACUGAUUUAUGACGUCAUCAAUGACGCAAUAAUAAUGACGUCAACCCUUGAAAGGGCGAGACUUAAAUCGAUAGGUGGCACGAGAGAGCGAGUAUGUUCGAGAGCGGAAGAAAAAUCAAUGUUUUAUAUUAUUUCUAUUUUUCUAUGAAAUUAAUGAACGCCAUAAUCAAACCUGAUCGUAUGAAACAAAGGGUAUUGUUACGUGGUACGACGUCAUCGUGGUUUACUGUGAGUGCCUGUUCUGGAUAAUUUUCAUUCUUUGCACAAAUAUUAUGUAGAUCGUGUAAUUGACGCUGCUUAAUAAAUCCUCACAAUGUUUA